UGACUGCCCUGUGAGGAGGAGUGCAAAGUCCAGGCAAAGGGACAGGUGAGGCAUCUUUCAAAUUCUAAUCCGUUAUAUCUCCAGAAAGAGGAUUUCAACACCUGUGCAGGCUCAGAAUCUCAGGUGAGGCUUCUGUCCAUCACUCUGGAAAGUCCUGGCUGAUACACCUCUGCCUAUAGAUACUUAGCAGAACUUUGAGGAAGAGCCAUGGCCUCAUCGCCAGCGAUCAGGAAGAUGAGGGAGGAAGCCACGUGCUCCAUCUGCCAGCAGCUGAUGAAGGAGCCCAUGAGCGUCAACUGUGGGCACAGCUUCUGCCGCCAGUGCAUAGACAAUAUCACUGGGCAGCAAAAUCUUGUGAUAUCUUUUAUUUGGAGGGCUCGCUGUCCCCUGUGCCAAACAUCACUUCAAAGGGAGAGUGUCCGACCCAACAAGCACCUUGAAAACCUCAUUGAGCGCAUCCAGGAGCUGGAGCGUCAGAGGCUGUGUGAGGAACAUGGGGAGUGGCUCUACCUGUUCUGUGAGGACGACGAGCAGCUCAUCUGCUUGCUCUGUGAGCGCUCCCCCCAGCACAGAGGACACCGCACGGCUCUAGUGGAGGACGUGUGUUUAGGCUACAAGGAGAAGCUCCAAGACAUUGUGACAAAACUGAAGGAAACUCAAGACCUCUGUACGAGUGCGAAGUUGUUCACGGCAGAGCAAAUAACUGAAUGGAAGGAGAACAUAGAGCUUCGGAGACAAGAAAUCCAGUCUGAGUUUAGGAAUCUCCACAACUUCCUCCAUGAGGAGGAGAGGGCUUAUCUGUGGAGACUGGAUAAUGAGAAAGAGAAGAUGCUGGGGAGACUGCAGGACAGUGAAGCCAGUCUGGACAAUCAGAGCCAUGAAUUGGAGAAGCUUCUCCUGGAAAUAGAGAAGAAAUGUCAGGGCUCAGCCCAGAAUUUAUUGCAGGAUGUGAAAGAUGUGAAAGACACAUUAAACAGGAAUUCAGAUGUGAAGCUGAAAUUGCCAGAGAUCUUCUGUUUGGAGCCUCAAACUGUGUGCCAUGCUCCUGAGCUUUACUUUGAUGUGAAGAAAAUGUUAAGACACUUCCAAGUCAGCGUGACUCUGGACCCAGACACAGCUCAUCGUGAUCUAAUGCUGUCUGAGGAUCGGAGAUAUGUGACCCGUGGAGGCAGCCAGAAGGAGUAUUUCAGUUCUACAAGAUUCUGUUCCUUACCCUGUGUCCUGGGCUGUGAGGGCUUCACCUCAGGAAGACAUUACUUUGAAGUGGAUGUGGGAGAAGGAUGUGGGUGGGACUUAGGAGUUUGUCUGGAAAAUGUGCAGAGGGACAGUGUCUUGACCCCAGAGCCUCAGUCUGGCUUCUGGGCCAUCAGACUCUGCCAGAAGAAUGGCUACAUGGCCCUUACCUCUCCCCCAACACCCCUUCCAUUGAGGGAGUGGCCCCGGCUGGUGGGAGUUCUUCUGGACUGUGAGGCUGGACUUGUGUCCUUUUACAACAUGAAUACUGGCUCCCACAUCUUCACCUUCCCAAGGGCCUCCUUCUCUGGUACUCUUCGGCCUUAUUUCCAGGUUAAUCAUUCUUCUUUGUUCCUCCCUCUACCCCUGGGGUCAAUUUAAAAGAGACUCUUGUUUCCCAUUGUAGAAAUACAACGUCAGUCCUAUUAGGACAAAAGUUGGUCUGUUUUGUCAUCUGCUGUUUCCCUUUACCUGGACUGGCGCUGAGUUCUCAGUGGACACUCAGUGAGUGCGCCAUGACUGCUGGACACAGCCACUGUGCAGACAGCACAGAAGAUCAGCCUGACCUGCAGGGAAGUGAGAGAACAGCAGGGUCAUCCCUCAUGCUCUCCCCAGUCACUGGGUCAGAUCUCUGAGCUGCCAGGGCCUGGUCUCACGCUGGGUGUCUGACCAUUUCAUUUCAUGUGAAGUUUUCACACCUCAUCCAUGUUGUCGUUUGGGUCAGUAUUUGGUUUUGUUUAUGGACAAACCAUUGCAGUGCAUGGAUGUCAUGCAUUGUGUGUGCCCAUUCAUCAAAGGAUGGACAUUGGUUGUUUCCACUUUGGGGAGAGUUCAAAUGAUGCCACUGUGAACAAUUUUGUACAAGUUUUUGUGUGAUUAUGGUCAAAUUUGUAGCUUUGUACCUAGGAGUAGAAUUGCCACUUCCUGUGGUAUCUUGUUCAACUUUUUAAGGAACUGUCUGUUUUCCCAAGAAGCUACAACAUUGUAUAUGCUCACAGGCCAUGUAUGACAUUCCAAUUUCUCUACAUUUUAUUGAGGGUAUUUUUCAAGGGAACUAUGCUAAUGGAUGUUAAGUGCUAUCUCCUUGAGAUUUUGUUUUCUUCUGGCUUUUGCAUUUUCCUAAUAACUGGUGAUGGUGACACCUUCUUGGCUAAUUGUGUGUCUUUUUGGAAUAAUCUCUAUUCACAAACAUUGCCCAUUUUGACUGGGUUAUUUGUAUUUUGGUUUGUAAUAACUUUUUAUGCUAAUCACAGUUCUAGGUAUGUACCUUAUCAGCUUAGUAAUUUUAGAAACUUUCUGUCAUUCUCUGAGUUAUCUGUUUACAUUGUUGCUGGAGUCCUAAGAAGCUCAACUCGGUAUCCUUGUUAUAUUGAACUUUUAUUACUUGUGUUUUGGGUGUCAUCCAGAUAACCAUUGGGAACCCAAGGGAACAAGAGUUUUUCCCUCUUUUCUUCCAAAAGGUUUUAACCAUUUCAGUUCUUACACUUAGAUCUUUUGUUCAUUUUGGGGACUCCAGUGAUCUGUCCGCUCCGGUUCUUUGAAUUUCUCCAUCCUACACUCCCUAUACACAGGAGGGGGUGCACGAGGGAGGGGCUUUCUCUGGCCUCCCCUGCGCUGUCUCAGCACAUCACACACAUCACCUGAGCACUGGGCUUUCCCUAUUUCGGGACAUGUCUCUGAAGGCUCUUCUGUGUCCCCACCCCUCUCAGCCCUGAUCGCUGCAUGAUCCCCUCCUUCACACAGUGGGUAUAGGAGGGCAGUGGUCACAGGACAGGCCCUGUCAUGAGCUUGUCUUUGUCUGGCUGCUGCUGUGUGGGGGUGGUUGAUCCCCUGUGGGGUCGCUCAGCUCCUUUCCUGGUCCAAUUGUUAGGGGGAAAAGGAUGUCCUAAAGCUAAUUCCAUACAGGCUUUGUGGACUCCACCCCCACCCCAGGCCAAAGCCAAAGACACUGGGAACUCCAAAUCCUAUCACCACCAAAGGGAAGGUGGCUGGGACCUGAGGGUGGGGUUAAGCAGCCAAGUUGGUAUAAAGGCAGACACGUGGGCUUUUGGGGGGGGGGGUCCCCCAUUUUGGCUUUCUGCCAGCUAGCAGGGUCCGGCCAGCUCUGAGAGUGACUUUUGGUUUCCAGGUCGGCGAAUCGGAUAGGACGCAUUAAAGACUUUAUUUCCCUAUUUUCUCCCUGAGUUGUACAUUUUCCUUAUUUCCUUUUCCCAUGUAAAUAAACCUUUUA